GAUAUACAUAACUCAACAAGUUGCGCAUCUCAUCACACUUUGCCCAAGAAACUGCCAGAAAAGUUCCUGUACAUAGAAUGACUGAUUAUUUGGGACUGAGUAACGUUUCGCUGGACGAUGCGAUGAUUCAGUAUGCGUACAAUGGGUAUGGUAUGGUCUACAUCGAACACGCUUGGAAAGAAUUUAAGGAGUUCUAUAAUUGCCAAGAAACGCCGACCGAAUUGUUUGACAGAUUUUGGGACGACAUUAUGCCGAACCUCAAAAAUUACGAAAUGAUACGGAAUGCACCUGUGAUUGCGGAGAGUUUAUCACGUAUUCAUAAUCCACGGACGUAUCCACCACGUCCUCCAAGAGUUCACGAUAAUGUAAAGGAGAUAUCGCUAUUCGAGUUCACAAAACAACAGAAUGAAGCAAUGGAACGAAAGAUGUUUAACGAUCCAAAGAUGUUGGCAUUGAAAACUCAUUGUCUCGAUUAUAUCAAUAAACUCCGAGCUGACCCACAUACUCAGCCUGAAAAGAAUCAAGUUCCAACGAACCGUGGAUCUUUGCACAUAAUAGAUCAAUCAGUAUUGGAACAACGUGUUCGGCCGUCGUCAAGCGAUUCCCGGGUUGAACGAAUGACUUGUAUAAGUCUUGAUUUAACAAGCAGCAGUUCUCCCGAGAUGGAUCAACCAACAAUAACACAUGUUCGACAAUCGCUAAUAGAUUCCGAUGUUGAACGAACGAGUCGUGUAAGUCAAGGCUCAGCAAAUCGCAGCUCUAUGUCUGGAAGCGAUACCCCGAUUGGAAGAAUGAGUCGUCGUGGAACACCCAGUAACAUACUAUUGUAA